CCUCUUGAACUUCUUUAAUUUAGGUGAUACUAAAAUGCAAAAUUAAUGCCUGGAGUGCUACAAAAGAGGGAUUUUUGUUAUUACAGUAUUCCCACCCACCAUAUUCUUUGUCUUUUUCUAACAGAUGUACUUGGGUAGCUUGGUUUUGAGGUUCAUUUUUUGGGAUUUAGUUUUUUAAGCUUUUGAGUUUCUAGAACUAAUUGAAAAAAAUUGUAGGUUGAGCAAUAGUUGUUCUAAUGCACAAAUAGGAAGAUAUCACUUAAAUAAUAGUUAUUUGGACUGGUGGUGGGCUUACCUAUUCACAAUUAUCCUGCAUAUACUAUUCAUUUUUUUCUGAUUUAAUAAGGCAUAAGUUAAUGCAGAAAUUGGUUAGGAGCUGGGAAGAUCUGAAAAACAGCAGCGAUACAAGAUCAUAAGUGGUAGAAAGGGAUAUACAGUUCACAUGUGUUGAGGACAAAGUCCUACAGUCUUGUUUUUUGUCUAUUAAUAUGUACCUAUGACCUUUAUGACCACGUGAUUGGACAGGAUAACAUGGUAACUUCAUACAGGAUUGGGAAGUUGUCCUUCUGGUGACUCUGUUGUUUUUAACCUGUGAAGUUGAAAUGAUUAGCAGAAUGGGGUCAGAAAAUGGGCAGAAAAGUUGACUUUGGAGUUCUAAAGACUUCCCUUUUUUGAAAUUUAGGCUGUCUAAUGCUAAAAACAACUUGGAGUUGCUCUCUACCUUCUGGGAGUUUUGCCAUUUAGCCUGCUUAACGCAGCUGUCAACGGGUGUUAUGAUCAGGAGAUCGUUGGUAAAAUGUGCAAAGAAAUCUCUCCCUUGCUCUCUUCUCCCUUCUUUCUUCUUUUCAACUUGUGUAUAUUAACUUUUUUGUACCAUAAGAGUAUAAUAUGUUGUACUGCUUUGCUGACCUAGGGCUGUAGACUCUGCAGAGCUCAGUGACUAACUGUACUUCGCGUAAGUGGGUGCUGUACUCUUUGCCUCAGUGUUUUAAGAUCUCCUCUUUUCCCCCAGCCCAAGAGAAAAACCAGUGCACGAAAAAAUCCCUUAGCUACCUAGAUAAUAUACUUUUGCAAUUCCAAGAUUUCUCAGUCUUCACAUUAAAUGACAUUAUAUGACAUUAUAAUGAAAUUAAGUGAAAUAAGGACCCCAAAACUGUAUUUCUGUUGCUGUUAUGUCCUGUGGGGCUUAGUCAGUGGGGUAUUUUCAGAAUGCAUGCAGGGUGCAUCUCUCUCAUUGAUGAAUUCUCUCUGAAAGACAGGGAUACAUAUAUGCCUUUGAGGAGAAAUAGUUGUGAAUCCCUCUGGUAUAAUCUGAGUGGUUAUUCAGGCGUUUGGUUCCAGGCUUUUCUCAGCUAGUACACAUUAAAACUGUAUGGCCUGUCAGCCCAGGGGAAUUCUCUGAACACCAUGUCAGAGGCUAAUAUAAGACAUAUGCACUUCUAACUCUCCGAGCAGUGCUAAUUUACAGUGUAGAAGGAAAUUCAAGAAGCAGUGAUGCAAAGAAAGAAGCCUGCCUCUGUAGCUUAGUCCUCCCUCUAGAGGGAUGGUUUCAGGACUGUUUGAGAAUUAUAGUAUUUAUUUUUUUUGGUGAAACACGUGUAAGCAUUUCUUAUUACAGGAAUGCAAGCCAUCCUUCCCAUAUAUGUAGCCUACACUGAUUCUCCCACUGUCUGUCUUUCAUCAUUUGCUUUUAAACAAAUAUUUUUCAAAUACUUAUACUUUAAAGUAUAUCUAUUUUAUAUGCCUUAUACACUUCACAUAUUUUUGAAGUACCUGCUUAGUCUGGAGUAUUUUCAUCUUUGUUUUCCUUUUAUGUAAAGAAGCAUGAUUGAAAGAGAAUGUUUCAUGGAUUCUGGUAUUAUUUAGAUUUAAAGCCUUUUGUAACUUAAAGUAGUUAUUUAUGGAAAAUCAUGCUGUUGGACAUGCCACUCUUUACUGAAAAAUUCCAAUCAUUGCUAACUAAAAUUCAAACUAAAUUAUUUCAGAUUCAGAAACCAUAAUAGGAUGCUGCUGAUAUUUUUUCAGUUUUGAAUUCUAGGAACACAGUAGGACAUUAUACCCUGGUGUGAAUUCAGUUUUGAUGGUGCUUUGAGCAGGAGUUUGGACUGGAGACCUACGUAAGGUCCUUUACAGUCUGAAUCAUUGUAUGACAGGAUGUCUAUCUCAUUGACAGAUCUUUAGGUAUUCCCUUUAUGUUUCAAUGAGGCUGGGCUGGGCAGUUAAGAGUAUGAUUACCUCUUCUGCUACUUUGACAACUGGACAGACCUCUCAGGAGUUGGGCAGAAAGUGUGAAGAGAAUUGUUGAGGUGUGUACAGAAGGGAGCAGAUGUUGUGGAUUUUGUCACUGCUGUCAUGUGCCUCUUUUCAAAAUAUGUUGAGGCUGGAUGUCUUGGCCUAAAAGGGGUGGACUGGAUCCAAACAGAACAAAUAGCUAAUAUUUUCUCUCAGUUUCUUACAUAUUCAGUAAAGAGAAGUAGGAAGUUAAAAUAAGUAAUCUGUGUCUGACUCUGGAGGUCUUCAGAGGUGUGUUUUUACUCUGCAUUAAAUACAGUCUAGAGACCCUGAGUCUUCAGGACAGCUAUCUAUCAAAUACUUUAGGAUGACUGUAUUGGUGAAAUGAGGCAGCUGUCUACCUAUCUCUUAACUGUGUGUGCAUGUAUCUUUACAUGAAAGUAAAUUCAUAUAUAUAUUGACAUAUCUUGGUCACUGUCCAAUGUUUUUCAAAAUUCUGUGGGUCUGUAACUGCUGCCUGCUCGCAGUAACUAUUGGCAAUUUUCAAAUGUUGCAAAAAUUACAUGUCUCUUAGGUCAUGUCAAGCUAUAUGGUGCAAAUUGCACCACUUGUGUACUUCUUCCUAGUGAAUAUUGUUACAGUUUUUUUCUUAUGUUUCAGGGUGUGUCAGAAUGCAUGUUUCCUUUUUUCAUUGUGAAUCUAUUUCUUUUUAAUACCUUUGAGGUUUGGUAAGGGAACAGAAGGAUAGGUGAGAGUAAAGUUAAAUAAGAUAUUAAUCUGGUAAGUGGGAGAGACUUUAUGGAGAGCAGUAAAUCAUUCUUCCGUCAGGAAAGGUGACUACAGAACUUGAGCUGUAUGCUAAUAGUGUGUCAAGACAGUUAUUUUGAUAGGAUAACAUUCUUGUACAUCUCUGCCAUUUUAGUAUUUCUUAAUAUUUGAGGUAAAGACUGUGAGCACUGUAUGAGGAUAGCUGUAACCAUAAAAAAGAAAGCUUUGUAAACCUGAUUUGCAGUGGUAUAGAGUGCUGUGCAACAGAAAACAGUGUCACUUCACUGUUUUUCCACAAGAGAGCUCAUAACCCUUUAAAAAGUGACCAUGUAUGGCACAGAACAAGACAGUAGCUUGUCUGUUUGAAUGGGAAAUUUAGAGAUAAGAAUUCGGUUGUGGAGUCCAAAGCAAAUGAACUUUUAUUUGUGCUACUGUAUUUGGCAACUCUGGAACUGUACAAUAGUUUUUAUAAAUAUAGAAGCAUCAAUCAUUUCUGAAUGUGUCAACGUGGCACUGAAACAGUGAACUUGGCAAAUGCGUAUUUGUAUGCAGGAGGUAAUAAACUGCAUUUUUCAAUAGAGCAUUGCCUGACACUUUUCCUACUGUGUAGGAAAUAUCUAGUGCCUUUGCAAUAGAAGUUCUGAAGUAUAUUGAAUCGGGUUUUCCUGAUGCAGUUUCAUGUUGUUCUGUGAAAUUAUUGCUACGCAAUAGAUCAAUGUCCACUUUAUCCUAGACCAGAAUUAAAUGAAGUCAAACUGCUAUAUGAUAUUGUUUGAAAUCACAGUACAAUUUCUACAUUUAAAUAUGCUAAAGUUUUAGUCAGUAGAUAAAGUAAAUAGUGUGAACUAGAAAAUACAUUGAAAUCUUAUGAGCUGCUUUCUCUGGUAAGCCAUAAGAAAUAAUGUAAUUUCUAUUUAUCCUCUUGUCUGUGGUAGAUAAAAAACCAACGUUGUCAUACUGCAUCAAAGAAAAUAUAGACUCAAUAUUAGCAAAUAUUAGCAAAUUUUCCAAUGACAACAUUAAAAUACUCUUGAUUAAAAUUUUUGGGGAUUCUAUGUCCACAGGUCUUAGAAAUAAGCUGGACAAGACAACAGUUGCCAAGCAGGCCAGGGGUUAGACUAGACUGCUCAAAAGACUUUUGACAAACCUUAAGACAGGUUUAAAAUGUGAUUUGCAAAGAAAAGUUAGGUGAUUUUAAUGUUUUAACUAAUUUUAAGCUUAAUCUAUGGGUACUGUGCUCUAACAAAAAAGGGUUCGUUCAUUAAUCUCUCUCCAAGAAGAUUACACAGUUCUCUACUAUAACAUAAUGGGAUAGAUUGCUUCUGUCAUAAAGAUGCUUGCAGAAUGGGUUUAAAUUUAGAAUAUUACAUCCCAGUAUUAAAUGAACAAGAACUUGUUCAAAACUUUGUAUGCAAUUUUUUUCAGUAUCAGUCUUACAGUGGAACUGUUUUGUAUAGAGCUAAUAGAUCUGUAGACUCACUUUAAUAGAUACUUAGUAAUUAUGCUAUUUCGAACUACAUAUUCUACAUGGGAAAUUCAAGGAAUUUUGCAGUGUUUACAACAUAACCUUAUUUUUAAUGUUUGUUGGGUUUUUUUUCAAAUUGCGUCUUGGUGAGCCUGACAUACUGCUUAGAAGAAGUGGAGUCAUGUACUGCGUUUUCAAAUGCUUUGUGAGAGAAACCUUUGAAAUGCUUAUCAGACUGGCUGAGAAUUACACAAGCACACUUUUCUGCACUGCAUAUAGAAACAUGGCUGCUGAGGCUACUGUGCGUGUUCAGGAGUUUUUCACUGAUGUUGGACUCUUCAUGUUUGGCACAGACAUUAGCACAGAGAAAUUUGUCAAUAGAUUUUUUGACACUCUGUUUCCAGUAGUCUACAACCACGUGAUUAACCCUGGUCUGACUGACAUUUCACUGGAAUAUGCAGAGUGCCUCCAAAUGGCGAGAAGAGACAUCAGGUCCUUUGGCAACAUUCCCCAAAAGGCCAUAGGACAAAUGGGAAGAUCACUCUUAUCCAGCCGGACUUUCUUGCAGGCUCUGAAUUUGGGGAUUGAAGUGAUCAAUACAACAGAUCACCUGCAUUUCUCCAAAGACUGCAGCAGAGCUUUCCUGAGAAUGCAGUAUUGCCCCCACUGCCAGGGAGUGAUGCUGAGCAAGCCCUGCAUGGGCUACUGCCUCAACAUCAUCCGGGGCUGCUUAGCCAGCAUAGCAGAAAUUGAUCUUCAUUGGCGGGGAUAUGUUCGGUCUCUGGAGGAGCUCUCAAGCACCAUGAGUGGAACACACGACAUUGAGCACGUGCUUCUCAACUUUCAUUCGCUUGUUAAUGAUGCUCUGGUACAGGCUCAUAUCCAUGGACCAGAGUUAUCUGAGCAGGUGAAAAAGAUAUGUGGUCCUCCUGUAAGGAAGCCUACACAGUCUCCAGGUUGCUCCUUUGAUCAGAACAAAGAUAAUCAAGGGUUGAAGAUGUUCUCAAGAGACAGUGAAGAAACACUCACCAACAGAAGAAAGGAAUUUAUCAGCCACCUCCGGCUCUACAGAGCCUUUUAUGGUGGCCUGGCUGACCAGAUGUGCAGUAACGAGUUGGCAGCUGCAGAUGGACUCCCAUGUUGGAAUGGAGAAGAUGUCGUAAAAAGGCAGAUCUGUGUGACUUCUAUGAAAGUAAGGCAUAUGUGGCACAAGCCUAUGGGAGAGGAGCACAUACGUUGGGUGUACAGUGUCUGGAGAUUUCUCUUGGCAAUGGAAGGUCAAACUCAGGAUCAGAAACACACUCAAACAAACAAAUUCUACAAACUUGGAAACAAGGAAGCUGUGUUUGAGCAAAAAAGUCUCCUGAUCUGCCCCACAGAUUGUGCAAUGACAUUUGUAAUUGGUUGAUUGUAUCAAUCAAUGAGCUAAGAGGUUUAAUGAGGGAUGGCUAACAUCAGAGGUGGUUGUGGUUGGGGAUAUUGUGAAGGGAAAUGAAGUUAUCAGGCUUUGGGAGUGUGGACUGGAGGCUGUGAACCUAAGUGCUGUGUGGGCAAACCAGAUUGAAAGGGACUAGUAACAUGCAAAAAACCCCAAGGUAAACAAUUCAAAAUUGUCUUGGUGAAACUUAACCUGAUCCCAAUUUUAGCAUUUUCAGGAAAACUGUGGCAUACUCAUAGAGUAUUCCCAGAUGUAUUAUAAUCGAGAACCUCUAGGAAAUUCAUCUUACAAAAAAAAAAAAAAAAAGGAGUCAAAGAAUUAUAAUUGUUUAACCUGGAAAGGAAAAUAUGUUAGGUGGAAACAGGCUGUUGCUAGCAGAAAGAGAAAUGUCUAUUAUCUACUUUCAUAAUCGCUAGGACACAUAGCAAACAUUAAAAUAUAUUCUGCUUCAACAUUAGGGAGACUUUUCUAGUAGCAAGGACAGUAAGGGUCAAAAAUAAAUAGUUUUGUUGUCCAGCAUCUGCCUGAAGAAGGAUAUUUAAGAACAGGCAAGGCACUGAGAAAUGAUGCAGCAAGAGCUGAUUUUUCUUAGUGAUACAAAUUGGAUAACCUCUUAAAAUCUCCUUUAGCCCUACGAUUCUGAAUCUAGGAUUAUCUAAAUCCUGUGUUGUUCAACUUCUAUUGCCAUGAUCCCAGGAUACUGUGACAUUUUAGAAGCAAUAAUGACCUGAGCAGGCUUCAUCACUUUUCUCUCUAAAUACUGAAGAACACCUCAACCUGCACGCUCAGUCUUUCUUUUUUUCUUCCCUCACCCUGCAUUUCCACUAGUAUAGUAAUAAAUAAAGAUGUUGGUGAACUCAUCUGUGCAGUGUUUCUGGCACUGA